AUGCUUGGCCCUUUCCACCCCGGCGCCGAGCGGCCGCGUCGGGAAGGAAACGACACUAGCCCCGAGAGCUUCCUUUUGCACAACGCGCUGGCCCGAAAGCCUAAGCGGAUCCGAACCGCCUUUUCCCCGUCCCAGCUUCUGAGGCUGGAACACGCCUUCGAGAAAAACCACUACGUGGUGGGCGCCGAGAGGAAGCAGCUGGCACACAGCCUCAGCCUCACGGAAACUCAGGUAAAAGUAUGGUUUCAGAACCGGAGGACGAAGUUCAAAAGACAGAAGCUGGAGGAAGAAGGUUCAGAUUCGCAACAAAAGAAAAAAGGGACGCAUCACAUUAACCGGUGGAGAAUCGCCACCAAGCAGGCCAGCCCGGAGGAAAUAGACGUGACCUCGGACGAUUAAAAACACAACCCGAACCCCACGGAAACGGACAGAGCGGAGCAAAACAGAGGACGGGGAGAGGCGGGGAAGAAGAAAACACGCUACAGAACAAAAACAAACCGCACACACACAUUCGCCGAGAAGGGGAGAGGGAGUCGGAGGGACAGCGGAGAGCGUGUCGCAGACUUUGGGCCGCGAGGGCGCAGGUCCCUGACCGGAGGCCGCGCCAUGAUGGCAGAGGAUGGAGGCUCCUUGAUCAACAUGCAACCCUUGUCUAAAGAGGCAGCUGAGAGAGAGAGAGAAUGAGAGAGAGAGAGAGAAAAAGAGAGAGAGAGAUCUAAAGGUGGCCAAGCAGCAGGCGCUCUGACAAGGGGAGCUGUCAGUCAAAGGCCCAACCAGCGAGACAAGAUGAUUGGCAGGUAUUCCGUUUAUCGCAGUCCGACUUUAUUUUUCUUUGUAAAAAAAGAUAAUAAUGAUGAUGAUAAAAGGAAAAAAAAGCAACCAGGCACAGGACUUUUUAUUUUGCACUUCACAGUGUCCCCCUACCCCACCCCCAGUCUUUAAAAAUAAUCAGUAAUAAUAAUGAUGAUCGAAAUUUCAUAUCCAGCCCCAUCCCACACAUGUCCAAAAACUUGAAUUGCAUGUAGCAGUUGUUGGGCGAAUGGUGUCUAAAGACAGAAAAUGAAUUGUAACUUUCUUUUCCUUUUAAAGACAGGUUCUGUGUGCUUUUGAUUUUGAGUUUUGAUUUUCGAGAAAUGUGCAGUCUGUAAACACGUUUUGAUAUCUUCUGAUGUCAAAGUGAUUGUGAAAGCUAAACUAGUAGGCUCAGCGAUAGUGGUCCUCUUACAGAGAAAUGGGGAGCCGGAUGGGGGGCAGGGGGUGGCUGGGGAGGGUGCCCACAAGAGGAGUCAGGAUUUGUGUUGGAAAAAAAAAUACCUAAAUUAAUUCUAUUUCUUGGACAUUCCCUUCCCUAACAUCCCAAGGCUUAAAAUCAUGAAGCAAACUCCUUUUAGUGGUUGGAGAUAUUGGCUGAGUUCAACCAUUGACUGCAAAGGCCAUUCCAAACUUCAGAUCGAUCGAUUGCAAAAACCGAAGGACUGUAGUUAGCGGGGAUGAUGCUAAGUGUGGCCAAAGACAUGGCGGCAAGUUUUCAAGCACUGAGUUUCUAUUCCAAGAUCACAGACUUACUAAAGAGAGUGACAAACGCUUCCUUAAUGUCUUCUAUACCAGAAUGUAAAUAUUUUUGUGUUUUGUGUUAAUUUGUUAGAAUUCUAACACACUAUAUACUUCCAAGAAGUAUGUCAAUGUCAAUAUUUUGUCAAUAAAGAUUUAUCAAUAUGC